UCUCUUGAGUUAAAAAGCACCAGGGUUCGCUAUAUUUCAAAAUCAACUUCUGGCAUGUGUACAGUAUUGGAUAGAGGUUAUUUUUCGUAGUGCGUACCAUUGCCGUUGCACGUGUGGGAACCAAUCAGACGGUAGAUUAAUAUUAUGUGACCAUUUUUGUGUGUACACGCGUUUUAAGAAAACUAGGCUGUCCACUUGAUCGAGACUUUUUGCUUUCCCAUCCCGCUGUCUGUCAGGUUUUAUGGAUCUUGGGUGACAGCAUGUGCGUGUCAUGUGCGUGUAAAAAUACAACAUAACAAAAAGACAUUCAUCGGGAGAUAACGACCGAAGAACCAGCAGUUUGAUGUGCAGAUUCUGGUUUAAAGGGAUGUUUAAUAUUUAACUUAUGAGUCAGCGAUUGAAGCCCUACCAAAGUAACCUUUGAGACAAUUACCUGUACUUGUUACCAACAACUUCAGCAGUAGCGGUCCACUGAAACGGCAACCAAUCGGCAACACAGAUGUCCAAGCAGCCAGUACCUAGGAGAUUCUGCCUGGCGGUCGUGGUACUACUGCUCACCUCGUGUGCCCUGGCAUGUGGACAGAGUUUGUGUGCAAACAAAUGUGGCCAUCGGUUAGAGACAUGUUCUUGCCACACAACUUGCGAGUCUUUGUUCGAGUGUUGCGAAGGGUACCGGCAGUUCUGCCUGCAGAUUUCCCCUUACUCUGGCACUGUCAUGGGGGGUACUGAUUUCAGGAUCCUACAGGUUGAAUUUCCUCCACUUGGUAAAGUUUACUGCAGGUUUAACUCUGAAAUUAUAACAACUGGCUAUGUAGACCAGGAAGGCAAAGGCCACUGCAUUUCUCCAUUAUUGUAUGAAACUGGCUGGAUUCCUUUUGAAGUUUCCUCCGAUGGUACAACAUAUAACAGGAGUGGAUCCUGGUUAGCAGUUCAUCAUAGUAAAGUGAACUCUCAAUUUAAAAGCAUACUUGAAAAUUCAACAAAAUGGCAGUACUAUGGGACUCCUGGUACAGGAGGAUCCCUCACCUUAAAAUGGAAUUCAUCAUUCAUCAUGGAAUCGUCUCUGAAUGUGGAACUCUGGGGUUACAGGGAAAAAGGUCAUCCCUACUCAGAUAACUGGAUUCCAGAAUGGAAAUAUUUAUACAGCUUACGAAAAGCUGUCCCCAACAAUGCCUCCUUCACUUUCUUCCCACAACCUGCCAAGGUUUCCUCAGACUUUGAAGUUGGAGUGUUAAGGCUCAGCCCCAGUAAAGCAGAAGAUGGAGAGAGGGAUGUCACUGCCAUUUGGUCCCCAGUUCAUGCUCUAGCUUGGCAUUUGGAGGAAAUAUUUAGGAAGAAUUCUGCUGCUUGGGCUCAGGAGAAGUGUAACAGUUGGCACAAAGCUGAGGAGAAACUCCCAAACUUUCUAUCCGAGAUUAUUGACUGUCCAUGUACACUUGCCCAGGCCCGGGCUGAUACAGGCAGGUUUCAUACAGACUAUGGAUGUGACAUUGAAAAGGGCAGUGUGUGUACAUACCACCCAGGAGCAGUACACUGUGUAAGAGCUAUCCAAGCCAGCCCUAAGUAUGCAGCGGGACAGCAGUGCUGCUAUGAUGCUUCUGGAGCACAGGUAUUGACAGCAGAUUCCAUUGGAGGAAGCACACCUGACAGAGGCCAUGACUGGGGUUCACCACCUUUCAAAAAGCCUCCUCGAAUUCCAGGGGUGUCCCACUGGCUCUACGAUGUCAUCAGUUUUUACUACUGCUGCCUGUGGUCUAACAACUGUCACUUAUACUUCCUACAUCGGCCGUCAAGUGACUGUAGGACAUACAAGCCUCCUAGAGUGGGAACUGUCUUUGGAGAUCCCCAUUUUGUAACAUUUGAUGGUUCCAAUUUCACAUUCAAUGGAAAAGGCGAGUACUAUCUCCUUCAGGCUACUCACAAAAACCUCACCAUUCAAGGGCGAACUCAGACUUUGUUUGAUGCCAAUGCUACCAGAUUGUCAUCAGUGGUUAUGCAGGAGGCAGGCUCUGACAUAAUUGAGGUGCGCACGUCUGGUUAUCUGGAGGUCCUGUUAAACCAAGAAGUCCUCUCUUUCUCUGAACAAAACUGGAUGGACCUGAAGGGGGUGUUCCUCUAUUCAUCUUCACUCAAUAAUGUGAGUGUCAUGUUCCCAUCUGGGGCAGGUGUGGAAGUGCGAGAGACAGGAGGUUUGAUGACAGUUAACAUCCUGCUCUCAGUUGAUUUUGAAAACCAAACAUCAGGGCUUCUGGGAACUAUGAAUGGCAACUCAUCAGAUGACUUUGUUUAUCCGAACGGAUCAAAUGCAGAACUUCAUAGCCCAAAAGACUACUUUAAUUUUGGUGCCAACUGGGCAAUCACUAAUGAAUCCUCCCUCUUUACAUAUGACACUGAGGAUUUGCAGAAGAACUAUUUAUUUGCUGAAAAGCAUGACAUGGCUUUCAUACCAGUUUUCACAGUUGAUGACUCCCAGGAGGACCCCAUCUAUGAAGAGAUGUUAAAAUUGUGUGGUUUAAAUCUCUUUUGCAAAUAUGACACAUUGGUUUCAAGGAAUUUCACUGUGGGAAAUAUAUCUAAAAUUGCCCUUGAGAAUUACCUGUCUUUAACCCAAGACCUAGAACCAGUGCUGUCUUGUGGAUGGAUUGGAGCUCCUACAAAUGGCAACAAACAGGGGACAACCUACCUCAGUGGUGCAACUGUGAACUUUACGUGUAAAAGUGGCUACAUGCUGACUGGACCCACAGAACGCACAUGCCAGCCCAAUGGAAUGUGGUCUGGGAGCCGUACUGAUUGUGUAUCAGAUAACACUCUUGGAAUUGUCUUGGGAAGUGUGUUUGCCUCCCUUACUCUAAUAGUUAUGGCAGUGUUUAUUAUUUACCAUAACAAAAAGCAGAAAAGGAGGAGCAGGAAAGACUCAGAUAAAAAUGGUUUGUGAAAAGAAAAGCCAAGCAAAGCAAAUGAAAAUACAGCAGACGGUCCAGCUCAGAUCAGACCGCUUGACUUGUUCAUUAUGCACUUUCAGUAUUAAAUGCUGAAUACCCUUGGACUAAUAGUCUCCUGUUAAGUUUCCAUGACAUUAAAAAAAAAAUGAUGCUGACUAUUGAUACCAGCAUUGUUUUCCGCUUCAUUGUAAGCGAAACCACACAUCAGUAAAAGUCAAUCUGCACGCAUAAGCAGUUCCUGGUGUUUUUCAAAUUUAGACAUGAUGUGGGAAGCUUUCUUGGUUUCUAUUGUUUGUUGGUAUUAUUUUCUUUUGCUUUAAUGUAUUUUUAGUUUUUGGUUGCCAGAUUUGACCCAUAAAAUCUUGCUAAACAACACCAGCAUACAAAACAAGUUUGUUUUUUAUUUCCAGAUCAGAGAACUAGCUUUUAUGUAUUGUUUCAUUGUUUGACUCGAAGGCAAGUACUUGAAAAACAAAGCGUCUUUUUAAACUUUUUUAAUUCACAUCAUAAGGAAGUUCUGAGCAUAUCUAUGUCUUCCUCCUUUGCUUAAAAUGACCAUAAUUGUCAAUAAAUACUGAAAAUGAGGCAAAUACAAGUAGGAUACAUUGAUUUACAUGAAGAUGCUUUUUUUUGGAGUGGAAGAUAACACAGAUCCUUACCUAACCUGGAUUAUCUGUAAAUCUGCCAAAAAAUAACUUGAGAUACAAGUUUGUUUUGAAAUUAAAAUAUGUAUAUGUUUGCAAUUCUAAUUUCGAAAUAAAAUAAAAAGAAAAAUGUA